CUCUCCCACUCCCAUAAAUGCAGUGACACUUGCUUUCUGUGUGUGCAUGCGUGUUUGUCCGAGUGAGAGAGUCGAAAUAGAAAGUGAGGGAGCUGGGGGGGAGAGAGAGGGAGUUGGAGAGAAAGAGAAACACAAGGAGGGGUGGCAGCGUGCGUGUUGAAGCUAGCUACUCACAGAAAAGAAGGAAUAAGAAAAUUGAAGUAGCCGCCAUAUGCUGAGGAUUUUGGUGAAUGCCUUGCUGAGGAGACACUCUCGUAUUUCUGGCGGAUCCUAAGAGAUGGGAAGCUCACACUUGCUGAACAAAGGCUUGCCUUUAGGCAUCAGGCCUCCCAUAAUGAAUGGCCCCAUGCACCCUCGUCCUCUGGUGGCCCUGCUAGAUGGACGGGACUGUACGGUGGAGAUGCCCAUCUUGAAGGACGUGGCCACUGUGGCGUUCUGCGAUGCCCAGUCCACUCAGGAGAUCCAUGAGAAGGUAUUAAAUGAAGCAGUGGGUGCUCUCAUGUACCACACAAUCACCCUUAUGAGGGAGGACCUGGAAAAGUUCAAAGCACUUCGUAUAAUUGUCCGCAUUGGGAGCGGCUUUGAUAAUAUCGACAUAAAGUCUGCUGGAGACUUAGGUAUUGCCGUCUGCAACAUGCCAGCAGCAUCAGUAGAAGAGACUGCAGACUCCACCAUGUGUCACAUCCUAAAUCUCUACCGACGCACCACCUGGUUGCACCAGGCUCUCCGGGAAGGCACGCGAGUCCAGAGUGUGGAACAGAUUCGGGAGGUCGCAUCUGGAGCAGCCCGAAUCAGAGGAGAGACACUGGGAAUCAUUGGACUGGGGCGUGUUGGACAGGCGGUGGCGCUGAGGGCAAAAGCGUUCGGCUUCAGUGUGAUCUUCUAUGACCCGUACCUGUCUGACGGGAUGGAGCGAGCCCUGGGGCUGCAGAGAGUCAACACCCUACAGGACCUGCUCUUCCACAGCGACUGCGUCACUUUACACUGCAGUCUGAAUGAGCACAACCACCAUCUGAUCAAUGACUUCACCAUCAAACAGAUGCGUCAAGGCGCCUUCCUAGUGAACACUGCGCGUGGUGGUCUUGUGGAUGAGAAAGCUCUGGCUCAGGCUCUGAAAGAGGGCAGAAUACGAGGAGCAGCACUGGACGUCCACGAGACAGAGCCCUUCAGUUUUAGUCAAGGACCCCUUAAAGACGCCCCCAACCUUAUCUGCACCCCUCAUGCGGCGUGGUACAGUGAACAGGCCUCGAUUGAGAUGCGGGAGGAGGCGGCACGGGAGAUCCGACGAGCUAUUACUGGUCGCAUUCCAGACAGUCUGAAGAACUGCGUGAACAAAGAGUUCCUCACACAGACCACGCAUUGGGCCGGCAUGGACCCUGCAGUUGUUCAUCCAGAGCUCAAUGGAGCCUACAGGUACCCUCCAGGCGUAGUGAGCCACGCUUCAGGGGGUCUACCUCCACCAGUGGAGGGCAUCAUGCCAAGUGCAGUGCCCAUAACUCACAGCCUGCCUACAGUAGCCCACCCCCCACACGCCCCUUCACCCGGACAAACCGGCAAACCUGAACCCGAUAGAGAGCAGCACCCCAACGAACAGUUGUAGCCCCCCUCAUCUUCAAACGUACCACUAUAAAACUCUCCUGGUCCUUCUUAACCCCAAAGAAGAGGAGCGGAAACAGGCUCCCGGGCUCAGAACCAGCCACAAAAAACAACCACGACUAGCCAAACUCUGACUGAACGGGUGGACUGCGCUCUUUGAAGUAUCUAAUGGGGAAUAAAGCAACAACAAAAACAAAAGAGAGAGAAAAUCAUGUGGAUUUUAAACUCCCUGAUGCAAAAUCCUGCUGUUUUAGAUUGUAGUCUGUCCAAGUGCAGUGGGCGAUCUUUUAUCUGUUAUUUUGUCUGUCUAAUGGGUUUCAUUGUUAAAACAACUGUAGCUAUUACAUGAAUGUAACCUGUUUGUGUACAGUUUUUAGGAUAUGAUCAAUGGUUUGUAGAUGAGAAAUUAAAAAACCCGAAACAGCAUUAA